UUAGCAAACUGCUAACUUUAGCUGAACUAAAAAACCGCCCUGUCGUUAAUAUGUGGCUGUUUACAUGAUUUAUGUCGGACGCAACGGUUACAAACUUAAGGUCGAAUAUGUUCAGAGCACUGGUGACAGGUCUCUCCAGCUUCUCUCUAGCCAUUUUCCCUUCAGCUGGAGCUGUUGUGUCCAAACUGAGCAAAACUUCCCUCAUCUGUACAAGUUUGGAAGCACUGACAACAUGGCAACCCUGAAAGACUUUGAUGAAACCCAGGAAGAUGAGGGUGUCAGCCCUGCAGGAGCGAGGGUCCUUAGCCUGAAGUAUGGCAGUGAUGAUAGCUGUUCUGCUAUGUCUGGCUCUGAAGGAUUCCACAGAGGAUCCCCUAGCUCCAGGGACAAUACUUCUGACCAUAUCCAGGCAUCAGCCUUUGAGGCUAUACUUUAUGAGAUCCAAGAGCUCCAGGAAAUCAACAACCAACUUGAGGAAUGCUUUGAAAACUUAAAAUCCUACCACCAGCAAAACUGCACAGUGAUUUUGGAGGCCCUACAAUUGGAGCAAUACAGGAGGCGCUGAAGGCAUGUCAGACACGUCUCUUCAAGAUGGAGCAGCAGCAGCAGCAUGUGAUGCAGCUUGAAGGGUUUGAGAACGCACCAGCAGGAAGUCUUCUUGGACAACUUAUCAAUGUGCUGCUGGCUGUUAUGGCAGUCAUUCUAGUAUUUGUGUCCACAGUGGCUAACUGUGUCGUCCCCUUGUUGAGAACAUACAUCCGCACAGUUUCUACACUGCUUUUUGUACUCCUCUUUUCCUUCCUCUGGGGGCACAGGGAUGCCAUUUCAGAGUAUCCAGUUUACUUUUUCUGCACUCAACAUCCUGAAAAGGGAGACAAUCAAUAAAACUGUCUCAAUGCAAGCAUCACUUUGACAUCUCUUCAGGAGUCUAGUACAGAGGACAGUACCUGAGCAUUAAGGUCUCAUAUUUCACAUUACUUCUGAGUACAAAUCACCUGACAGAAGUCUAAACUGACAUAUAAGUUACCUCUAAAAAACUUUAAAUGUUCAGUAUUUGAUCACAGGUCAACUUCUACAUUCUAUAGACUGGGUUGCUGCCACGUGGUUUCAAAGCCAAACAAUAUUAAAGGAAUAGUUCACCUGCAAAAUGACCAUUUGUGUAUCAAUUUUUCAUGAAU